AUGAAGGACCUUGGCCUUACGCUAGAGGAAAUUCAUGAAGAUUUUGAAGAAGAACCAGUUUUACGGAGGGAGAAAAAGGAUGAAAGGGGACUCAAGGAAGAGCACAGAACAUUCAGCAAUUCUUCAUUCCCACGCCAGACAAGUUUCAGCAGUAUGAGAAGAGCUUCUAUGGUCUCGAUGACGUCAAUGGGCGGAGUGAGCUUUGGUGGAGCUGGCGGAGCACCUUUCCAGCGACAGUUUUCUGUCCAAACACAUAUCAGGAAACUUUGCCUUGUUGCGCCUGAAUCUUCGCUCACUCCUUGGCUCCUAACGAUACUCGCAGUGAUCGUAAUUCUCACCCAAGCAUCAUUAUUAGGACUUUAUUGGGCAGGAAUACCCUUCAGUCAUUUCAAGUCAGAUCUUCUUUGUCAGGCCUUAUGGGGAGGUCUGCUAGCGCUCAUAUCAGGGAUAUCCGCUCUCAUCGCCAGAAACAAAGAUUCAAGCAUGAUCAACGAUUUCCCACUUUUAAUUAUGUGUCACAUAACUUUCGCCGCGCUCGCAGCAAUGAUGUGUCUGCUAGUCGUUCCUGUAAUGUUUUUCCGCGAGUUGCAUUACUACGAUAGUCCGAAAAAUUCCAUCACAGCCGACACGUCAGAAAGUCGAAAAACAGCUCUAACGCCAUUCUACCUCAAUGACCACUUUGCAUUCGCCUGCUCCAUCUUCAACAUUACUGCGGUCUCCUUAAUGGCCAUUGUGGCGAUGAUGGCCGCCGUCACCCAAAUUCUUAGAUCAUGUUGUAAAAAACGUCUUUCGCAGAAGGGUCGCCUCAACCAUUUAUGA